UCUUAUGUCCACCAGUCAAAGAAAAGAAAAAAGUGAACAGUGAGAUAAUGUAGACGCAGCUUGAUAAUUGGAGGCAGCCCGCUGGACUCUAGAGGCUGAACGACACCCCGUCCCCGUCCAUGUGAUCCCAGUAGGGAAUGUGUGUGAUCGGUUUGACUCUGAAGCUGACAUGGGGGACGGGGAGGCUGCCGGUCAGCGGGUCUCACCGCUGAAGAACUUCGCGGCGGGGGGCGUCGCCGGAGCUUGUCUCCUGCUCGCCGGACACCCGCUUGACACGAUCAAGGUGAGGUUACAGACUCAGCCCAAAGCUUCCCCCGGCCAGCUCUUACUCUACAGAGGAACUUAUGACUGCUUCCACAAGACCAUCUCCAAAGAGGGGAUCCUGGGCCUGUACAAGGGCAUGGGGGCUCCCCUGGCUGGAGUUGCUCCUAUGAUGGCCAUUAGUUUCUUUGGCUUCGGUUUGGGGAAACAGCUUCAGCAAGGCAACUCUGGCAAAGCACUGACGCCCGUGCAGGUCUUCCUGUCGGGCUGCCUGGCGGGGGUGUUCACCACAGUGAUAGUGGCUCCAGGGGAGAGGAUCAAGUGCUUACUGCAGGUGCAGGCUAGCGGUGGAGCAGUUAAAUAUGCAGGUCCUAUUGACUGUGCUCUGAGGCUCUUUAGGGAGCAGGGGAUACGCAGUGUCUACAAAGGCACCCUGCUUACUCUGAUCAGAGAUGUGCCUUCUAAUGGUCUCUAUUUCCUGACCUAUGAAACCCUUAAGAACCUCCUGACCACAGAGGGUCAAAGCGUGUCCCAACUCAGCACUCCCAAGAUCAUCCUGGCCGGGGGCGUGGCCGGGAUCCUGAACUGGACCAUCGCCCUCCCCCCCGACGUGCUGAAGUCCAACUUCCAGACAGCUGCAGAUGGAAAGUAUAGAGGUCAAGUAGACGUCCUCAGAACCUUGCUCAGAGAAGAAGGACCAAGAGGCCUCUAUAAGGGAUUCAACGCAGUGUUUCUGCGAGCCUUCCCUGCCAAUGCGGCCUGUUUCCUGGGGUUUGAGUUUGCGUUAAAAGGAUUGGAUUGGCUCGCCCCCAGCUGGUGAAACCUGCUCAGCACAACAUUACUGGUUAAGGGUUGACUUUUUAGUCAAUCAGACCAGGCCAAGAGCAUGACUUUAGUUAAAGUACAGAAUUGUAUUUUAUAUUCUAGAUGUAGUACAGAGCCAUGAGACUAUCUACAGUAUUAUAAUCCUGAUUUGACAUUGUGUAUUUAUGUGCAUUUAUAAUUUUCAGGGAAAAGUUCCACAGAUGUCCAAAGCUACAGAUAAUUUUUGAAUUGCUCAGGGAUGUAUAGAACGUGUGAUCUGAAUUAGAUCCUGUUGUGGAUGUAGUCAAUGUAAACCUGCUAUAAUCAGUUUAUAAUGUAUGUCAAUGAAAUUAUUUAAGGUUUUCUGUGUGUUUCUGUUUUUAUUUAAAAAUCUUUUCCAUUAUUUUUUCCUUUGAAAUCUUUUUUUUAAACUGAAUUUACUGUUUCAUCUCAAUUCUGCAUUCUGCAAUGAUAAUCAUAACCGAGAUCAUAUACAUUUCAAAAUUCACAAAACAACUUCUCAAAGGAGAGGAAUGAAAACGAAAUGUAUGUUUUUUCUCGAUAAUCACGUGACCUCACAUCGGUUCCAGUGGGCAGGAGCCAAACAUAAUGUGAGGUCAUGUGAUCAGGAUGGUUCCAGGUUCAUUUUGUGACACGUGUCAAUGAAAAAAGAUAUAACAAUAAAGAGCUUUUGUAAACUUUUUUAUUCAUG